UAUUUGAAUUCAGUGAAAGGGAAAAACAUGAAAGUUGCCGAGAUUGCAUUUUUGUUUACUGUUUUUGCCGUUCAGCAAGCGUUCACGCAAAAAGUCAUUUUGGAAUGGAAUCAAUAUGAACCCAAAAGUGUCGAGUGCUCUUCAGGGCUGAGGUGCAUGGGUUUCCAGAACUGCCUGCGUUACAUCGGCUACGCCGUCCACGGGCAGGCCCAGUCGAAAACGAGCUCGGCGCUGCGCCGGAAGUACAGCAUCGGCAAUCAUUUCUCCCCAGCCACGACGUCCAAGCACCUCCUCCGCCAUCCGUGUCGUGGACACAAAAGAGUCUGCUGUCCGGCCUUUUACAAAAUUGUAACUUCCUACGUGUGGAAGAAUAAUAGCACCCACGCCGCCAUUACUGACGGCAAAGGAACGGAGAACCGGGUCGGCAAUGAAAACGACACGCAGGUCGCAGAUGAGAAAUCGCGGAGGCAGGCCGUGCGGAAGAUGCUCCAGGAAAACUGUGCCCAGCCGCUGACAGUCAGGGCCUCGUUCGGAGAAAUCGUCAAGGCUGGAGAACUGCCCUGGCUGGCCAUGCUCAGAUUUGCUGAUAAUGGAGCUCUGAGGUUCAGCUGCGGCGGCACAUUGAUAUCAGACAGAUACGUGCUAACCGCGGCUCAUUGUGCCAAACCAAGGAAGAAGAGUAUGACACUGGUGAGUGCGCGUCUAGGCGAGUUGAACCUGUCGAGCAACUGCGACGAGGUGGCUGCGCCAGAUGACCUAAUAAACAUAAUUUAUGGCCCCCUGAGACCGAAAUGCGCCGCCGAACCAUUGGAUGUGGACGUGGAAGAGGUGAUCGUGCACCCUGAGUACAAGUACGACUUCGUGGAAGGGUUUCCCAACGACGUGGCCCUGAUCCGGCUGAAGGAGAAGGUGAAAUCCUCCAUGUUCGUCAGGCCCAUCUGCCUGCGCGGACUGCAGAGUCUCGGCGCCGAGCAGGAACAGCAGGGCACCGUCAAGGUGGCCGGAUGGGGCAUGACAGAAAUGGAGCAGGGUCCAAAGAGCAACGAGCUGAGGCAGGUGCCAGUAAAACGGGUGCCUCGGCAUAUUUGCAGAGAUGAGCACAGAGUGAUGGUGCGGGACACCUGCCAGAAAUGCGCCGGAUCGAGGAACGGAAGCGCUUGCAUGGGUGACAGCGGUGGACCACUUCUCCUGCAGACGCAAUUGAACAUGACGUCGCUGGUCGGAGUGGUCAGUUUCGGAGCGGUUGACUGCGGCACCUCGGACGUUCCCAGCGUCUUUUCCGACUUGUCUUGCUACCUCGACUGGAUCAUCGACACAAUUAGACUGGAGUGAUUUUGUUCAUAAAUGAAAAUUCGUAUGUAAUAGCUAAAUUAUUUUAUUAGAAUUUUAUUUAUUCAUUCAUUCCCAACACCAAAAUUAUUGUCUAGCUUAUUGUUACUAUAAUAGAUUAUUUUUAUUUAUAGUUUGUUACCAUUCGCAAAAUUUAAAUAAUUUGGUAAUAAAACAAAUACAACUGUCGCAAUUUUUUAGUUACUACAAAAUGUUGUGACUUUGUGGUCUCAAAAACUUGCCUAUGCACAAAGCUCA